AUGUGUAAUCGAACACGGGAGAGUGAAUAUGUUACACGAACAGAAGUAAAAGGGGAGACAAAAUAUACAGAAAAAAAGCGUGGGGCUGCUGCCAGGUACCAAGAAAAAAAAACAUCAAUGAGCGCAGUGGAGAGUUUUGGGGCGAAAGUGGAAUGCCAAUUAGGAAUCGUGGACGAGGUGAAGAAGCCCAUAAUGUGUUGUUACAGCGGACCUCCUGCAUACACAGUGGUCGUUGUACCAAACAGCCUUCAGAGAUAUGGAGCAAAUUUGAGGGUAAGUGGGGAGGCGAGGCACUCUGAAGUGCCUUCGCCCUCACCGCUCUCCUUCCAGUCCUCCAGUCUUCAACACGGUUUCGGUUACUAA